GGUCUUUGUCAGCUGUUCUCUAAUGACCUUGGGCGGGCUACUGGCGGUGCAAUAAUGUUGACUUUUAUUUAUGUUUAACCGUCCGGUAGUGCAAAAUGUUUCCUGUUGGUCAAGGGAAGUACGAGAGUUUGGUUAAUGAAGACGAUCACUUACACACUGAUACAAAUGUUAGAGUGAAUACUGCUUAUGGCAAAAGAGGAGCAUGGGAUCACAUACAAAAUCUGGAUCAGUUCUUCUCAGAUAUAUAUAAAUACCACCAAUGCGGAGGAUUCGUCGUGAUCCUAUUAGCGCAAAUUCUUUGGCUAGUGAAAUUCGCCUUUGUCAUAUUCAUUACAAUUGAACUGUCUGUAUGCACAAGAUGGAGUUAUCUGACCAAUAGUAGUAUUCAUGUUGAAAAUUGGACUGAUGUCUUCCAACCACCGAAUCAAUGCUGGGCUACACUGCCAUUUUCUGCCUCGUUAUUAGUUGUUGGCGCUGUGAUAACAAUGCUAGUACAAAUUACACUUGUUGGCAUCAAAUUAAGUCGAUUCUGGGAGAUUCGUCGUUUCUGUACAAAUAUCUUAGAUCUGCCAACAAAUGAUGCUGGUCUGUCAGAUUUAACCUGGUCUGAAGUACAACAACGCCUGUUACAAUCUCAAAGAGAUUUUCAAUUUUGUGUAUACAAAGUUAAUCUAGAUGAAUUAGAUAUAUAUAAUCGUAUACUAAGGCAUAAAAAUUAUUUAAUAGCAAUGAUUAAUCAAGAUAUUAUACCUAUCCGUUAUCGUAUAUCAUCGAAUUUACUACCUCAAAUUGUUUAUCUCCCUGAUGGAUAUUUAUUCAAUUUAAAAUUAAUCUUAUUCUGGACACCAUGGUCACCAUUUCAUAAUUAUUGGCAAUUAAGAGCUGAUUAUAAAUGGGUUACAAAACGUCAUGAAUUAGCUGUGGAACUGGCUAGUCGUGUACGUAUUCUUGGCCUGAUUAAUCUUGCUAUGGCGCCUAUUAUCUUUAUUGCCCAAUUAAUAGCAUUUAUAUGCGCCAAUGCUGAACGCUUUCGAUAUCAACCGUCAACAUUGUUUGGUCGUCGUUGGUCAAAUUAUGCCCGCCUGUAUCUACGACAUUUCAAUGAAUUACAACAUGAAUUCGGAACACGUUUAAAGCAAGCGUACACACCAGCUUCAAGAUAUUUUGAUAGUUUUGUAUCACGACCGCUUACAGUGAUAGCAGAGGCAGGGGCUUUUAUUUUCGGUGGAGCAUCUGUAGCCUUUUUUAUUGCUAGUCUUAUACGUGAACAAAUGAUGCAUUUACCUGGUUACUUGGCUAUACUUAUCGGUGGUGGUCUAUUGGCUAGAUCGUGUUUAUCUUUAAUACCAGAUGAGAAUAUGGUCUAUUGUCCGCGGAGUUUAUUAGUUUCAACACUGAUGCGUAUUCAUUAUAUGCCAGAUCAUUGGAAAGAACAAGCUGGCACGUAUCAAGUUCGAUCAGAAUUUUCACAAUUAUUUCAAUAUCGUAUGAUUGGUUUAUUGGAAGAGUUGUUAUCACCUAUUAUUACACCGUUAAUCCUUAUUUUUAUUCUGCCUAAGCAUACACUUGAAAUUGUUGAUUUUUUAAGAAAUUAUACUGUUGAAGUUCCAGGUGUCGGGGAUGUUUGUAGCUUUGCACAAUUGGAUAUACGACGUCAUGGUGAUCCUAUGUGGCAUCCAAAUGCAGAUAGUGGUAGUGAUGAUCAGAGUGGAACUGAUAAUGAUAAUGAUGAGCAUGAGCAUACAAAUGAUGAAAUUCAUCCUUAUUCAAAGAAGGCUGCUGCUGCUGCUAAACACGCUAAAUGGACAUCGAAGACAACUCCUACGCAUGAUCAGUCUAAUGUUGCAACUGUUGGUAGAACAAGCGAAGAUACCAAUAUUGAAGCUAAUUGUACUAGCUCGAUUCAUCAGAGCGCUGCUGGUGGUAAAAUUGAACUCAGUCUUAUGCACUUUCAUCUUACUAAUCCAUCUUGGCGACUUCCACCAGAUGGCUUAGCAUAUCUAAAGUCAGUUAGGAAUCAGGCUUUAUUAGACCUACAACAACAGCAACAACAACAGUUCGCUCAAUUCCAGGAUAGCUAUAAAAAUGAUAGUCAAGUUGAUAGGAUAACUUCACAACCAGCACAGGGAAUGUUUUCAACUCUUUAUGGUGGACCACAAACCAGUCAGAUGACUAGUAUUUAUCAGAGUACUCAUCCACAACUGCCUAAUGCUUGCGUGGAAAGUUCACUUGGUCUAAAGAAUGUUUCUCACUUACCAGGUUCUGGAUUACGUUCAGAAAAUACUUAUGGUGUUGUAGGAGCUAUGGUUGAGUCAAUGAGAAGUUCAGGCUCUCAAUCGAUGCAUCGUUCAGAUCCUAAUGUUUGUGAAACUCAAACCACAGAACCUGGUAUACGAAGAAUUACUCAUGGUGAUAGUAAUGCACACAAGUUACCACCAGGUAGCAGUAUUACAAAACUUGCUUCAGAGACUAAGGCAGCACUACCUAAACCCAACUCAGAAAUGACUGGAUCCCAGCUUAACCCUACUGCAUUUAACUACUCAAUGCUUGAUGGACCUACGCCUAUAACAAUGAGUUUAAUGGCAGCGUCUGCCCUACAUUCUGCUGAUACCUUAGGUCUUCCAUUUUAUCAACCUUAUAAUUCACAGAUUGAAGAUGGUUCAAGUCAACAUAUGGGUUUCAAUAACAGUUUUAUUGGAAGUGUGCGAGGACGUCGCUGUGGCAUAACUGAAAUGUUAACAGCAGAUAUGUCAGUUAGUGCUCUUUAUAUACAUGAACUUUUCCACAGAAGAAGACAACAACGACAGAAUCAUGGAUCCAGUCGGGGAUAUAGCUCACAACGCGGUAUGACAGGUAGCACUCCUGGUGUCGGUGCUGGAGAUGAUGUGGCUUUUCAUUCUACACAAUCCUCUGUGCCGCCAGGUGUAGGCGUUUUCACCACAUCUGGAUAUCUGCCCUCGUAUCAGUUGCCGCAUACUUCUUUUGCACCGAUUCCAUCUGCUAGCAAUUUAAGUCCCGUAUCAGGAAUAAGAAGUAAUAUAGAACGUGGUGGAUAUACACAUACAGUGUCUAAUGAACAACCCGGUAUCAUUCGAACUCCUUCAGAUGGACGAAGAAUUCCCUCAGCUCAUUUUAGUGAUGUAACCGAGGAAGAUGAUGAAAAUGUUGGCACACCAAGACAACUCAGAGAUAUAAAUUAUCCUAUUUAUGUAUCAGGUGGUGAAUCGCAUAUAAUGCGUCAUCCAAGUGGACAAACAACUACAGGCGGAAGUGUUGGUGGUAGUGGCGGCGGUGGUGGUAUCAUUACUCUAUCUGGCAGUCCAUCAGUACGCCCACAGCAUGGUAUCACUUAUCAGAAUAUACAACAAACCAGCGAUCCAAAUCUAGGCACAGUUCCGAAUAUUGACAGUGAUCCUGUAUGGCCUGACUUGCCUCCAACUAAUUGUUAAUAUUAUUUCCCUACUCAGUUUUAGUAUAGAUUUAAAUAUCAGAAAAUAUUUUAGAACUCAGUUAUAUGAAUUAUUCACUGAUGUGCGUGUGUGUGUGUUUUAACCAUUUAUUUUGUUUAUACAUAUAUGCGUGCGUGUGCGUGUAUGUGUCUGCUUAAACGCUAAUAAAUUGCCUUCAUCGCUUAAAAUCUAUUAUUAUUACGUAAUACUUCACGGUGUAAUCUCAUUGCAUUCAAAAGUGCAUACAGCUCAGACAGUCUGUCUUGUCUUGUUUGAUAUGAAUACACUUCAGAUUUCUUUUUGUUUUCUUCUCCAAUUUUACACCCGUAUUCCAGAAAUAAUUCUUUCAUAUACAUCAUGAAUACAAAUUUUCAAUGUGUAAUCAUGAUGUGUGUUUCUGUUUGUUGCUUCUCUUUUUUUCGGGGUCAUUUUUUCCGUGAUUGCUUUUCAUCACAUCAUUUCAGAGUUUUUCCCUUUCAAUUCUUAUCAUGGUUAUACAAUCUUCCUAUAUACAUUUAUAGAACAUAUGCAUGAAAUAAUUUGUGAUCUACUUACUGUAUAUAAGUUUGCCAAUUUCCUCGAUUGCUAUUAGUUCCAUACAAAUAUUUGAUAUUUCUUUCUCAAUUAAAUACUAUUUUCAUUGU